AUGUUUAGCUACGAUGAUCUUGUGUGGACAAUAUCAUUUCCUACGUUUUGUUUUCUUGCUAUUUGGUUUUCUAUAACCGUGUCAUUGGUGGUACGGGCUGAGUCGGGUCGCAAGAAAUGGAAACAAGCGCGUGAACAUAUCGCAGAGAUAGAGAGCCGAGGUGAUAAGGCCACGGGUGCACAACACCGGAAUAGCAAGGCUGUGUUGCGCCGCGUGGUAGUUGUUGUUGGCGGUGACUUCGCCAGAUCACCUCGGAUGCAGUACCAUGCCUUAAGUUUGGCGAAAUGUGGCAUGUUUCAGGAGGUAGUGUUGGUUGGCUUCGACAUGGGGAAUCGUCUAAGUGAAGAACUCAAGUUGAGGGAGAAAAAGAAAAAUAUAGACGGCUCCUAUGACGAUUCUAGCGUAGAAAAGUUCGAAUGUGUCGUCGAAACGGCAUAUCUGAUUCCUCCGAUAACUCCACCCUUGUGGUUUCGUAUCUUGUUCCCACAUCCAAAGUUGCACUGGUUGGCAUCUACAUUUUACCGUGCAUGCGCUUGUGCUGUGGUGUUCACUUGGGUCCUCGUCCGCGCGUCAAUGAUGUUUGUAAAUAGUCGUGGGCAGUUGAUGUUAGUGGAUCUUAUUCUUAUGCAAUCGCCCCCUGCAGUGCCCUUCGUGCCGGUGGUGAAGUACAUUGUACAACCAUGUGCGUUUGUUGCCAACGCCGUAACUUAUUACUGUAUCAUUUUAACAGGCUCGUGGUUAAGCACCGCCCUCAAGGAGAUCACUGAGGGUAUAAAAUUGCAACGUCAGCGGCAGCUACCUGUGGAGAAGAAUCCUACGAAGAAGGGCCCCACAAAUUCCAACUCCUGCCCGAAAUUCGUCCUGUCCCCGGCUCUCGUGGUGGACUGGCAUAACUUCGGUUACACAGUUCUGCGAAGUGAUGGGCGCCCGGCAGUAGCGGUGUGGUUGUAUCGCUUACUUGAAUGUAAUUUGUGCUUCGGUGAUCGCAACAUUACAGUUAGCAAAGCAAUGCGUAGGGCUUUGUUAGAUGUCAGCAAGCAGUCAAAGGUGGCGAAUCGUGUUGAUGACGUCUGGGUUAUGUACGACUGUGCUCCAUCUUUUUUUGGUCUCGUGCCAAGAAGUCGUUUCGUGCAGGAGGUGAUUCGCCCCGUCAUGAGUGCACAUUCCCAAGAUGGUGAGGAAGUGAUAGGGUGUUCACUGCCGCCAGAUUGGGUGUUACAAUCUACAGCUGCGACUGACAGUCGUGGCAUCUUCAUAGUCGCUUCCACAAGUUGGACACCAGACGAUGACUAUACGAUGGUGGUGGAGGCUUUAAAACAGGUCGAUGAAAAACUUCAGGAGUGCUCUCAGGGUAAGGAUAGCAAACCAACUGCGUCGAAGUCCGUAUGGCUCCUUGUGACAGGAAAGGGUGUAGCUCGCAAGCGGUUUGAAAUGGCUGUCGCUGAAGCUCACUUGUCUUCACUCGUGGUAGUCACAACGAUGUACAUGCAGUCGUAUAAGCAUUAUGCUAUGGCGCUUGGUGCAGCAGAUGUGGGACUAUGUAUGCACAACUCAUCGAGUGGUCUGGACCUGCCAAUGAAAGCAGUGGACAUGCUGGGCUCCGGUCUUCCUGUUGUAGCCCUACGUUACAAAUCACUUCAUGAACUACUAGAUGACAAACGAGGUUGGUUUUUCAGCAAUGCUGAAGAGCUAGGGCAAGUUAUGUGGAAGCAGUUGAUCCUGACCAAUGGACCCUUACUGGAAAAAAGAAGGCAGGUGGCACAAAACGAGCCCGGAACGUGGGAUGAGAACUGGGGAGAGGUGCUGAUGCCCUUGUUAGCGAACUUACUCUGA